ACGAAUUCAAUCAGUCACUGGCUCUGUGCGGUCGCAAAAAAGAAACGUGUGCAUUAAAAUUGCGUAAACAAGUCUGCUGUCAGCUGGUUAAAUUGUCGCACACAAAAGUUCAUUCUACGAAUCAGUUUUGUCGACACAUUCAAUUUUAUCCACAGAUCAGUCGUGGCUCUGACCUUAUCAAUUCAAUAACAUUCGAAAAUCAACGUUUCGUGUACUAUGUUUUGGAAAAUCGUGGUGGUUUUGUUUUCGGUAUUUGUAUUUUCAACGGCAAAAUCGUCAAUUAGAAGGAAUCAAAGUGCAUAUUCGGAUGAACCACAAUUAAUAUUUGCGCAUGUUAUACAUCGCCAUGGCGAUCGAAAUCCAAUACGUAGCUACCCGAAUGAUCCGUGGAAGGAUGAAGAACAAUUUUGGGAAGAAGGUUUCGGACAACUGACCAACAUUGGAAUCAAUCAAGAGUAUGAAUUGGGUACAUAUCUGCGAAAACGAUAUGCAUCCCUUCUUGGAGACGGCGGUUAUUCCAACGAUAAUGUCUAUAUUCAAAGCACUGAUGUAGAUCGUACUUUGAAUUCAGCACAAGCUGUUGCGGCUGGCCUUUUUCCACCUGAAAACGAUCAAAUUUGGAAUGCAGAUUUACUUUGGCAACCGAUACCGAUUCACACAAUUCCAAAAGAAAUGGAUCACGUAUUAUACGCUGGUCGGCCAUGUUCACGUUAUCAACGUGCAAUGCGAAAACAUUUACAGUCUUUAGAAUACACGACCCUCAUGGCAAAACACAAACAAUUGUUUGAUUAUUUGCAAGAGAAUGCCGGCAUUCAAAUUCACUCACUAGAUGACGUCGACAUUUUAUACAAUACCCUCUGGAUUGAGCAAUUAAAAGAAAAAUCACUGCCAUUUUGGACGGAUGAAGUUUUUCUGCCUGGCAGUGAUUUUGAAAUGCUUGCAUAUCUCAAUUUCCGAUUGGCCACCAAUACAACUGAAAUGGCACGUUUAACUGUCGGCUUUUUAAUUCGUGAUAUUCUGGAUCGGUUUUCAAGCAAAAUUGAAUCAACAUUAUUGCCAAAUCGUUCUCUACAUAUUUACUCGGCACACGAUUCAACGAUUGCGAAUUUUUUAAAUGCAAUCGGUUUAUUUGAGUUGCACAAUCCGCCAUAUGCAUCAAGUCUUCACAUCGAAUUAUACAAAUUGAACGCUGAUCACUACAUGCAAAUAUUCUACCGAAAUUCAUCAGACGAAAAUCUACAGCCACUGGAAAUUCCAUUAUGUGGACAAAAUUGUUCAUUGGAAAUGUUCAGAAGUAUUUAUAGUGAAAUAAUACCAACCGAAACAUUUGAAGAAGAAUGCGAAUUACCAUUCUAUUUGGAAAUCUUGGAGGGAAGUAACAUUUGUAUAUCAAACGAAUGGUUCGUCUCAAUAAUGUGUUUCGUGGUAAUGUUACCAAUUAUGAUAAUUGUGUUAUGGAGAGUAUCUUCGAGCAAGAGAGGGAAUAUCGCUUUGGAAAAUGAUAAUAAUAAUAUGAAAUAUCUAUAGCGAAUUUCAGUACAAAAUAUUCAUGCAGUUUCUUUAACAAUAGAACACAUUCGGUUCUAUAUAAAUUUCAGCCAUUGUCAUUAUUACAUUUAAGCAUUUAAUUUCGUGUUACUAACUAUCCCGUAGUUCUAAAAAUAGUCACCGAACGGUGUUUUGAAGUACUGAUCCUGCAUUUCGUCAUGCACUUAUACUCGAACUAAUAAUAACGUAUUUGCAAUAAAUUUGUUGUUUUUAAAUGAAAUUGACAA